AUAUACACUUGGAAUUGUUAAAAUCGUACUUUGGAUGACAAGCGGCUGGCGUUUGUCGCUGGUGUCAACGAAAAAUGGGAAAUACCGAGAGCAACGUGACCAGCGGCGUCAAGAAGCAAACCGACGCGGGCUCCAUCCUACUCUACAAACUCGUCGACCUGAAAGGCGGUGGAUUGUUCGUGGACAUGAUGAAACGGGCCUCGCAAACGAAGCAAUACGCGGAACUGGACCACGCGAUACGGACCAAGGUAGAGCCGUUUCUGUACAACAAGGGCAGGGGCAAGUGGAUACCCGUGGCCAAGCUCGUGCUCCUGCGCAACAAGGAGCGCCCGAGGUACAAGAUGCUCCCGGUGCUCAAGGCCAUGGAGAAGCCCGAGGAGUACGACAUUGACAAGGACAUGGAGGACAUGGAGGAGGUCGACGAGAGCAUGAUCGACAAGAGCAAGCACAGACUAGUCUGCUGGAACCUGGGCGCCCGGGGUGCCGUGGGCGAGACGAUACUCCACCUAUGCAUGCUCAACGCGACGUCCCUCCACGCCGACCUCGCCAAGAGACUGUUACGCUUCUAUCCGAACCUCAUCAAUGACAUAUACAUGGACGACGAGUACUACGGGGAGAACGUGCUGCACAUAGCCAUUGUGAACGAGGACCCGGCGAUGGUCAAGUUUUUGCUGGACAGCGGGGCGAACGUGAACGAGCGCUGCGUCGGGAACUUUAUGUGCCCCGAGGACCAGAAGGCCUCCAGGAACGACAGCACCGAGCACGAGUGGGUCUGCGUCAACCCGGAGACCAACUACGACGGGUACGUGUACUGGGGCGAGUACCCGCUGAGUUUCGCCGCGUGCCUGGGCCAGGAGGAGUGCUACCGGCUGAUACUCGCCAGGGGCGCUAACCCCGACAACCAGGACACCAACGGCAACACGGUCCUCCACAUGCUCGUUAUUUACAAAAAACUCAGCACCUUCGACAUGGCCUACGAGGUGGGCUCCUCCCUGUCCAUCAGGAACAACCUGCAACUGACGCCGCUGACCCUCGCGGCGAAACUCGGGCGCGUCGACAUGUUCUUCCACAUACUGAACAUCGAGCGGGAAAUCUACUGGCAGAUCGGCAGCAUCACCUGCGCCGCUUACCCCCUCUCGCAGAUAGACACCAUAGACGUCGACACGGGCAAUAUCAGCAAAAACUCGGCCCUCAACCUCGUCGUCUUCGGGGAAAAGGACGAGCACCUCGAGCUGAUGGACGGCAUGCUGGUCGACCUGCUGCACUCAAAGUGGGACGCGUUCGUGAGGUCGCGCUUUUAUCGACAGUUCUACCUGUUCGUGGUCUACUUUUUCUUCUCCCUGCUGAGCUUCACGAUGCGCCCGGGGCCCCAGCCCAAGCUGCCCACCACCACCAACGACACCGGCUCGGAGGAUGCCACGUCCGAGUCCCUCGAGGCCACGUUGUCGGCCCUACUGGUGAAGACCAUAGCCGAGCGGAUCGCCGACAACCUGCGGAUGGAGAACGCCACGUCCCCGGACGCGCUGCUCGAGGACAUCGCCACGAACGUGAGCUCGACCCUCAGGGACGCCUGGAACUCGACCGUCUUGGCCGCCUACGCCAACGGCACGGCCGACAACUCCACGACCGAGGACGAUCACCCCGAUAGUCCGCUGAUCCGGGGCCUGCCCAACAAGCCCCGCCACAACUGGUGGGACGGCUUGGCGAGCGAGUGUCGACUGAUGCGCGUCGACGACCACUGGGACCGGGUGAGGCUGACCUCGGAGGUGGUGAUGGAGUUGGGCGCCCUGCUGUACAUAAUAGCGGCCUUGCGCGAGGCCAGGUUCCUCGGGCUGAACAUGUUCGUCGAGAAUCUGAUGACGGCGCCGUCGCGAGUCAUGUUCCUAUUCUCGUGCUGCAUACUGCUGACCUUUCCGUUUUUGCGGUUCGUCUGCGCCGACGAGGUCGAGGACAUGCUCGCGGUUGUCGUCAUGAUGACCACGGCCCCCUACUUUCUCUUCUUCUGUCGGGGCUUCAAGACCGUCGGGCCCUUCGUCGUCAUGAUCUACCGCAUGAUCAUGGGCGACCUGUUGCGCUUCGUCUCGAUCUACCUCGUCUUCGUCAUGGGUUUUUCUCAAGCUUACUACAUAAUAUUUUUGUCGUUCGACAAUCCGGGAACGCCCGAGGGGGUCGACGACUCCAAGGCCAAUCCCAUGCCCUCGCCCAUGGAGAGCGUCAUGGCGAUGUUUCUCAUGAGCAUGGCCAACUUUGGCGACUACUACGACGCCUUCGAGAACACCGAGCACGAGCUCGAAGCCAAGUCGCUGUUCGUCGUGUACAUGGCCAUAGUCGCCAUUCUACUGGUCAACAUGCUGAUCGCCAUGAUGGGCAACACUUAUCAAAAGAUCGCGGAGACGCGCAACGAGUGGCAGAGACAGUGGGCGAGGAUCGUUCUAGUGGUCGAGAGAGGGGUCGCCCCGGCCGAGAGGCUGAAGAAACUGAACGGCUACUCGGAGCCGAUGUCCGAUGGGCGCAAGGCGCUCGUGCUGCGGAUACACCAAUCGGAGGAUGACAAGGAGGAAAUGAAGGAGAUCCUCGAGAUGAAGAGGAUACACGACAAACAGGUGAAGAAGCGCAAGGAGAAGCUUCUCAUGGAUGAAAGAGCCCGGCUGGGGAAAGACGCGCAAAGAGGAAAGUCCGUCCGCGUCGAGUGA